AAUAAUCUUAAUCUUCAUUGCAGAUGCCUAUUUCUAUGCUGUAUGAAGUUACAGAAGCUUCUUGAUUCCUGUCCAGCAGGUAUGGGCGGGGUACUAAUUUAGUCAAACCCAGAGUGUCGCUCACUGCAUUUGUGCUUUAAAAGGGGCUUUCCGCAAAUUCUUCAGUGGUCAUUCGGGAACUAGAAUCCAAAUUGAUUCAUCACACUGCUGAGUGCUGUACUCCCACCAGACAUGUCCAAGCUGGAGACUGCGGUGUCAUCCCUGGUGGAGCUCUUUAAGGAGUACUCGGGGAAGGAGGGAAAAAAGGGGCAGCUGAGUUCUGCCGAGUUAAAGGAGAUGUUGGAGAAGGAGCUGAGCAGCCCCGAGCUGAAGGAAAAGUUUAACCCAGAAGAGGUAGACACGCUGCUGAAAGACCUGGACAAGGGUAAAGAUAAUCUGAUAAACUUCCGGGAGUUCUGCAGGUUUGUGACGCUGCUGGCGAGGGCCUACUACAAAAUGGAGAAGGAAGCCAAAAAGUGAAGAGCGCAAGAGGAAAGAGUGGGCGAGAGGCUAGUCUGGUGCGUUAAAGGAAGCCAUGCUAAACAAGGUGGACAUAUUUUUCCAGAUGUGUUGUCACAGAGUGAAUUAGCAUGAAGGGUUAAAAAAAGAAAAAACCCAAAUAAAAUAUGAUUAAGCCAUCUUUA